AUGGCUCUCAACGGUGAGGGAAUCAUUUCUCGCACGGCACAAGACGCGGGCGAGGAUGAGCAGUUGAGACUGAGCAAUUGGGAAAACGAAUCGUGGAAGGAAUGGCCAUCAAAGGCUCAGUUUGAAGGGCUAGAGGAGCAUCGUGGACCAGUCCAGCUAAAGGUCAAGGGUACUAUCCCAUCAUGGGCUGCUGGUUCCUUAUUCCGAACAGGGCCGGGCCUGGACAGAGUGGAGGGCACAUCCAGGGGCACUCAUUUUAUUCACCAUUGGUUUGACGGUAUUGCCCACAGCCAUCGGUUCGACAUCACCCCAUCUGAGUCGGCCGAGGGCAGCGCAACUGUCACGUAUUCCUCUCGUCGACAUGCUGAUGCUGUCGUUGCCGAAAUUAAAGAAAAGGGCUGGCAAACGAGCAUGUCAUUUGCUCAACGCGCCGACCCAUGUAUUGGCCUAUUCGCAAAAGUCAUGACCAUCUUUCUCCCUAGCAAAGCCAACAUCAACGUCACCGUCGUUCCCGACAUGCCCGGUGGUGAUGACGUGAAAGAAGGAGAUGCGUCCAAAGGGAAGGCCCUGUAUGUCCUCACUGAUAGCGCCACUGUCAGCAAGCUGGACCCCAGGACUCUUGAGCCUAUUGGGAAUGCCAGGCAGAAGUCGCUUCACCCAGACUUAAAGGGUCCAAUUUCCUGCGCCCAUACACAGCGUGAUCCCGAAACUGGAGACUUGUUCAACUUUAACCUGGAGCUUUCUUCUUAUCCAACUUAUCGCAUCUUUCGCGUCAAUGCCAAGGAUGGGAGCGUCGACAUUCUCGCGACCUUUUCAGACAAAAAGUAUCCAGCGGCAUACAUGCACAGCUUCUUCAUGACGGAAAACUACAUUGUGUUUUGUGUCCAAUCGACGCAAUACGCGUGGUCCGGCUUGAAGAUUCCCUGGCAGAGGAAUAUUCUCGACGCCAUCAAGCCCUUUGAUCCCUCUAUUCCGUGCACGUGGGCGGUUGUGGACAGGAGACACGGAAAGGGGGUUGUUGCAGAGUUCUCUACUCCAGCUGGCUUCUUCUUUCACUCGGCCAAUGCCUUUGAAGAGGUGGUGACGGAUGAAAGCGGGAAUCAGCAUACAGAGAUUAACAUGGAUGCCAUCUCGUACAACAACACCGAUGUCCUGCACAUGUUUUACUACGACAUCCUUCUCGACCGAGACGGUGCCACGAAGAAGACUAUGCUCGACAAGAAUUUUUACAAAACCACUGCGAACCGCCUAUCGCGAUACCGCUUUAGGAUCCCGUCAGAAUCACAGUCGGCCAAGGAAAAGGCGUCUGCCGUGGCGGAAGAGGUGCUCUCCAUUCCCUCACCUCACGUCGGCGAGCUUCCCACCAUCCACCCUAAACGGGCAGGAAAGCCAUAUCGAUACGUCUACACCGUAGCCAACAGAGGUCUCUACGUCUUUGCAGACUCCAUCGCCAAGACGGACACGCACACCCAGGGGGCUCUGAUCUGGAGCGGACCCAAGGGGCAUUCGCCUGGAGAGGCGAUUUUCGUUCCUCGGCCGGGAGGCACGGAGGAAGAUGAUGGAGUGUUGCUGUCGGUGGUGUUGGAUGGGACGCUGGAGAAGUCGUAUUUGCUGUGUUUGGAUGCGAGGACGAUGGAGGAGGUGGGCAGGGCAGAGGCGGAUUUUGUGAUUCCGCUUAGCUUGCAUGGGGCGCAUCAAGCCAAGGGACAUCUUUGA